AGGAGAGAAAAAGAUCCCAUUUGUCUACUCCAAAAUCCAAGUACACGGAGCUAAGCAUUAUACCUUUCCUUUUUUCAAGCAAGCUUCGUCUAGUCUCGUUUUUAUCGGCUUCAUCUAAAUAUGCAGACGUCUACAGCUGACAUCGUAGGGCCUCGGAAGUAAUUAACGGCGAAUGUGUAUAGAAUGUUUGGCAGAAGCCUAAAUCAGUAGAGGCGUUUGCAGUUUUGGAUUCCUACUCCAUUCGUAGGAAUAGUACUGUGGGAGUGGGCUUCGAAUUUCCGUGUACAUUGAAAUAUUGAUACGAGAAACAGAAUACACAGGCGAGAGUCUACAAAGGAAUGGCGUCCAGCAACAUAAACUCAGUUUUUUAUGCAGAUUCCUACCAUCCAAUCCAAGCCGGAAGUAUUGACGGCACAGAUAUUCUUCCUCACGACAAUGCCAUUUACAGGGCUCUCCUCUGUUCAUCUGCCGGACUCUACGACCCAUUUGGGGAUUCCAAAGUUAUUGGAGAUCCUUAUUGUACUUUGUUUGUUGGGCACCUUUCUCACAUCACAACUGAAGACACGCUGCGGAAGGCUAUGAGUAGAUAUGGAAAGGUAAAGAACCUACGCUUGGUUAGGCAUAUCGUAACUGGUGCAUCAUGUGGUUAUGCUUUUGUUGAGUAUGAAAACGAAAAGGAGAUCCGCCGUGCAUAUGUGGAUGCACAUCAUUCCAUAAUUGAUGACUCUGAAAUUAUAGUGGAUUACAACAGGCAGCAGUUGAUGCCAGGGUGGAUUCCACGAAGGCUAGGAGGGGGCCUUGGUGGUAAGAAGGAGUCUGGACAGCUUCGCUUUGGAGGACGUGAAAGACCAUUUCGAGCUCCACUGCGACCAAUUCCCUUGGACGAUUUGAAAAGGCUUGGGAUUCCACCUCCUCCCGAAGGAAGAUACAUGUCACGCUUUCAGGUCCCAUCACCGCCUAGAAGACCAAGGAGCUCAGUUGACAGGGAAGAACACUCUCACAAGCGCCAUAGAUAUAGCAAACAUUCCCAUCGGCAUGAAAGGAGGUCCCAAAGUAGAGAUCUCCAUUCUGAUUGAAUGGCGACAAGCAGUCCUUUUCUCUAUAUAAGGGGUCUAAUUUGGAGAAUUGCAAGGCCAAAGCAUAAGGGAGCUCAAGAUGCAUGGACCCUGUGGUAGAAUCUCAAAAUAUAAGCACUUGAUUAUAUUCCUGGUAGAGCUUCUCAAUACAUUUUUGCUUUGGUUUUCGUUUUUCCCCUGCUAUGUACAUUGUUCUCUAGUUGACUGAAGGAAUCCCCUUAUAUUGUGUAAUGUUGAGAUUAGAUUGCUUUUAUUCUUUAUAUAUGACACUGUCUUUGACACUUUUCAUAUUUAUAAGAUAAAAUUAUUUUGUCCUGU